GAAAGAAUGGAGAGAGAGCAGGAGAUUGACUGGGGAGGAGGAGGAGGAGGAGGAGGACCGGAGGAAGGAGCGACUUCUCAGGAAAAACUGAGUUUAUUGAAGAACGUCCACUCCGGUCUUCCCGAUCCGCUUCCUCAUCCCGUCAAACGUUCCGUGAUCGAAGGGGAUUAUUUGUACUUUCACUACGGCUGUGACGGGCAGGAUGACCGGGGCUGGGGCUGCGGCUACCGCACCGUCCAGACUCUGUCUUCCUGGCUCCGCAUGAACGGAUUUCCCGCGCGCGGCCCCGCGCCGACCCUCCCGCGCAUCCAGCAGGCCCUGGUGUCCAUGCAGGACAAGCCGGACUCGUUCCGCGGCUCUCGGGACUGGAUCGGGACGUUCGAAGCCUCCCUGGUGCUGGACUUCAUCCACGACGUGCCCUGCAAGCUGGUGCACGUGAGAGGCGGGGCCGCGGAGCUGGAGCGCGUGGCCGCCGAGGAGCUGCACCGGCACUUCCACGUGCACGGCUCCCCCGUCAUGAUGGGAGGGGACCGGGACAACUCCUCCAAAGGGAUCGUGGGGGUGUGCACCGGGGCCGGGGGCAGCCACCUGCUGGUCGUUGACCCGCACUACUAUGGGGGUCCGCCGGAGCGAGCGGAGCUGCAGAGGCGAGGCUGGGUGGCCUGGAGGAGGGUCUCGUCCCUGGACCAGGACUCCUUCUACAACCUGUGCAUGCCCCAGACUGCCAGGAAGAGCACAUGAUG